GAAACACAAGCUACCAUGUUCCAGCUCAUCAGCUCUGUGGUGUUUACGUCCUUACGUUUUUAUAACCACACGACAUCGUUAAUAACGGAUCACGAACGUUACGUCGCGUCGUCCCACUCUAAUCGGGUUCGUCCGUUGGGUUUUAUCGUGACGUUGCAGAUGUCCGUUUGUUUUGAACUCAGCAGCUCGGACCGAUGGCAUGUUUUACGUCAGGCGGUGGUGGAAUGUAACGUUCACUAACGUAAAGUACGCGUGACGGUACUCGAGAAAGGGUUUCAGGCGAAACCAUGCUCCUGGAGAACGCAGCAGCCGGAGAUCGACGCGUUUGACCUCGAGAGAGGCCGCCCGCCGCCACCACCGCUGUCGUCAUGGGAACGACGACGAGCGAGCCGUGCAUCUACGACAAGCUGUCCGAGAGCAUCGACAUCCUCCGCCAGUCGGGCUACCGCUACGGCAUGUCGGAGAGGGAGAUCGAGAGGUUCAUCAAGCAGGUGCUAGAGACCAACGAGCCCCGGAGAGAGCCUCCCCAGUUCCCCAUCCUGAGAGCCACCAUAAAGUUUGUGGUGGCGGUGGGCUUCCUGCUGGUGGUGGUCCUGGCCUUCACGUACCCUCACAGCGGCCCCCAGCUGGGUCUGGUCAACCUGGGCUAUUACAACUGGUCGUCCCCCCUCAGCCACGUCCGCCUGCUGUCCCUGCCCAUCGCCAAGAAGUACAACCUGCAAGGUUUCCAUGAAUGGUGGAGUGCCGGCUCUCUCAGGCAGAAUCUGGUCAACUGUUCAGGCUGUGCGGAGAUCUCCUCGGUGCUGGAGGUCCCCGAGAGCCUCAGAGGGUCGGUGACUCUGAGACGGGGGCCGCAGCUGGUCUUGCUAAAGGGUGGGGAGUCCCUCAGUGUCCAGCGGCAGCAGCUUGAGGCGCUCUACUCGGCCCAUUCAGGCUCCAUGUCCAUCCUGCUCGAGGAGGACGACGGUCUGCCGAACCACAACCUGGGACUCCCUCAAGGACCCGCCAACUUCACUCUGCUCUGGAGGUUCAGCUCUGGGACCAGGGAGAAGGUGUUGAGGUGGCUCUUCCCGAAGGCGGAGCUCUGCCCCCUGCUGGACAGUGCUGGGACCAUCGUGCAGCGCUGCCUGGUCACCCACAGCACAAACUCCCAGAGUAAAGUGAGCUCGCAUGUCCAGACGUCCCACACAGAGACUAGACCGGAACAGAGAGUUAAUGUUACCGGAGUGAUUCAAAAACCAAAAACUAGUCAGAACCAAGGGCGUCGGGGUGUUCGGCUGGCUGGUGGUCGGCGAGGGGCUUCCCACGGUUCGAGUCCUGCCGGUUCAACGCUGCCAGAAACACUGCAGCUCCUUCAACCUGUGGCUGACCCCCGGAGACAUGGUCUACGCCGACACUCGGUACUGGCAGAUGGAGCUGUUCCCGGGCCGAGGCCAGAACAUCAUCUGCGACGGGUCGGCCUUUUAAGCUUCAGGUGGAGUCGGAGCGAAAGGAGGACGAAAAGGAGUUCAGAGCGCGCAGAUCGGCUGUGAAUGUAGAAUCUCCUUCUGUGGCCCCGCCCACUGAUGCCUUACAACCCUCCGGUCUUCUUCUUCUUUUUCCUGGUGCUCCUCUCAGCGUCCUCAAAAGAACUGGAGGCCCCCCACGUGACUUCAGUUUGAAAAAAAAUAAAAUAAAAAGGGACCUCGAGCAAAAUCCAAGGGACUGAGAAAUGAAUCGAUUGACUUUGUCCUGGUGUAUUUUAAACUCUGUGCAGCUGCUUCGUUGUUCUGGAUAUGCUGUGCUCGUGCCAUAGCUUCAAGCAGAUCCAUAGCUAUUAAAAGAACUAUUGAUCAAACCA